AUGCAACUAUCAGGGAGACAUCUUUCCUUCAAUGGGGAGGCAGUUGGCCUUUUGCAUGAUAACUUCAUCAAGGACAAGGCUGCGGUAUGUUCUUUCCCUACCAAGGGUUUGCAACGCCCUUUCCCUUUUCCAGAUCUCUUCCCCUACCCACCCUCUCCUCUGUUUCUGGGUCCGAUCUCAUGAAGUUGUGUUUUCUGACACCACGCAGGAGUUUGAUAGGAGAGAGACUGCCAUUGACUACGAGCGAAGCAUCAAGGAAAAGUGCCAGAAAUGCUGGAAGAAGUGUAUGGUUGAAGUGUUUGUGUGGAUUGAGAUGCGUAACUGA